AUGGCAAACAAACGGAGUCUAAUCCAAGGUCCCUGCAGCAGGAUCAGGACAGCUGAAUAUAAGAAAAUUUUGGAAAGGAGGAGGGCGCACUCCCCAAGUGAAUUUGCGGAAGAAAAUGGUUUAAUAGGCGCUAACAGGGGAGGAAUAGUUAUUAAAGAGCUAGAUCGGGAAAAUUCCACCCCUGAGAAGAUUACUACGGGCAAAAGUCUGAUUAAGUCUAAAUAUACAGGACAAUUUAAGAAGAAUAUAAAGGAAUAUAGUCUACAAUACGGCCCAGAGUAUUCAUAUGUUAUAAUAAAGAACAGGGGGGGAAAUAAUAGGGCAAUAUCCCCUCAGGAAACCGCGUAA